UCAGAAAUUACAAGAGAGCUUCACCCAACAGAUGAUCUCUUUACUUCACCAUGGGGAACUUCGUUGACUGCUGCCGAGGGUUCUGGUGCGGGACCAAGAACCCUAACGUCCGGAUCAGCCUGCCUGUGGUCUGCUUCGUGUGGCAGAUCGCCAUGAUCAUCCUGUUCGGACUGUUUGUCCGUUACGAUGAAGAAUCAGAUGCGCACUGGUCUGAGCACAAACAUGAGAAGAACAUCACGAGCGACAUCGAGAACGACUUCUACUUCAGAUACCCAAGUUUCCAGGAUGUACAUGUGAUGAUCUUUAUGGGUUUCGGCUUUCUCAUGACCUUCAUGAAGCGCUACAGCUUCGGCGGGGUGGGAUUCAACUUUCUCAUCGGUGCCUUUGGUCUGCAGUGGGCUCUGCUCAUGCAGGGCUGGUUCCACUUUCUGGACCCGGUUGACGGCACAAUCAAGAUCGGGAUUGAGAAUAUCAUCAAUGCCGACUUCUGUGUGGCGGGAUGUCUCAUUGCAUAUGGAGCUCUCCUGGGAAAAGUCAGUCCAGUUCAACUGAUGAUCUUGACGCUAUUUGGCAUCACACUGUUUGCGGUUGAGGAAUAUCUCAUUCUUCAUGUUCUCCAUGCUCGUGACUCUGGCGGAUCCAUGGUCAUCCACACUUUCGGAGGCUACUACGGUCUGACAAUAUCAUGGAUUCUUUACCGACCGAAGCUCGACCAAAGCAAGCAUCUGGGCAGCUCUGUCUACCACUCUGAUGUCUUUGCUAUGAUCGGGACCCUCUUCCUCUGGAUGUUCUGGCCCAGUUUCAACUCUGCCAUCUCAGAUCAUGGCGAUGGUCAACACCGGGCGGCCAUAAACACAUACCUUGCUCUGGCUUCCUCUGUACUGACUACAUUUGCCAUAUCCAGCCUUUCUGCCAAGAGGGGAAAACUGGACAUGGUGCAUAUCCAGAAUGCAACUCUGGCUGGGGGCGUCGCGAUGGGGUCAGCGGCCGAGUUCAUGAUCUCACCCUACGGUUCUCUCAUCGUGGGCUUCUUCUGUGGGAUCAUUUCCACGUUCGGCUACCUGGUGAUCACUCCCUUCAUGGAGAAGUACCUGAAGAUCCAAGACACCUGUGGCAUCCACAACCUGCAUGCCAUGCCCGGCAUCCUCGGGGGAGUUAUAGGUGCCAUCACAGCGGCUGUUGCCAGUGAGAGUGUCUAUGGACAUGAAGGGUUGGUAAACACCUUUGAUUUUAAAGGGGCCUUUGCUGAGAGGACACCUGCCAUGCAAGGAGGCUUCCAGGCAGCUGGUAUUUGUGUUGCUCUCGUUUUUGGAAUCGUAGGUGGAAUUAUCGUAGGUUGCAUCCUGAGACUGCCAUUCUGGGGAGACCCAUCAGAUGAUAACUGCUUUGAUGAUGAGGUGUACUGGGAGCUGCCUGAAGACGAGGAGAGCAUCCCUCCCAUUCUAGAAUACAACAGCCACAUGGUCGGCAAAAGUGCUAACAUGAUGUCAGAUACUAACUUCUCUGUGGAACAAAGCUAAUGCAAGAAUGAAGGAAUGCACAAUGUCUUUAUGACACAAGAAGAUGGACCUGAUCACAUCAUAUUGGGACAAAAUAUUACUAAUUAAGAGACAGAAAGAAUGUUCAGACCAAGUCUGUGCUGAAGAGAAUCCCUGUAAUACCUUUUGGAGGUAUUGGCCUGCAAGGCUACUACACGAGUCAGCUCUUAGUUCAAUUUCAAGUCUGUGUGUUUUACAGUCCUCAAAUUAAUUUAAUCAAAUGUCUGAAACUAAUGCAUAUAUAUUUCAUAAUUACUAUAGAACUAUAGUUCUAAACUUAAAUUAUAUUAAGUUUCAAUCAUUAUGUAAAAGAAUGAAUUAAUAUUUACUGUACUUUAUUAUGUUUGCUGUGUUAAUGAAUUGACUGGACUAUUACAAUUUUGAUAUGAUGAAUGUGUUAGUUAUUUAUCUAUAGUUAUUUUCAAAUUUGUACAGUGAUGUGAUAUUGCUUCCUUCCUUGUAUUUAGACUAUUAUAUUUGAAGAAAUGAGAACUUUUGAGAGUUCAAUGCGUCUGCAGACCAUGUAGAAUGAUAGUAAUAUUAUUUCUUUGGAGUUUUUAAAUUAUAACGCUUUCUAUUCUUUGUAAUUUUAAAUAUAACAGUAAAAAAAUUAAAAAGGCAAUAUUA